UUGGCGGCGGGGCCGCUGUAGGAGCGAUGCUCGCGCGCGCGCUGCGUACACACGUGGUGAGCUCAGCGCGGCUCUGUGGCUCAGCCAGGGCCACACCGGCGGGAGCCACAGCUGGGGCCACAUCCACGCCAGGUCCGGGAACCACCAGAGCCACGCUGCUAGAGUCGGGAGCCGCAGUCGGAGCGAGAGCCACGCCGGAGCCGGGAGCCGGAACCGAAGCCACGCCGCCGGGUCUGGGAGCCGGACUCCAACCGGGUCGCCGAGGAGGAGGAAAAGGAGCAGCAGCAGCAGAGAGCCGCGACGCCGCGCAGAUGGAGUGCGAGCCCGAGUGCCGCGUGCUCUCCAUCCAGAGCCACGUGGUGCGCGGAUACGUGGGCAACAAGUCGGCAGCCUUCCCGCUGCAGGUGUUGGGGUUUGAAGUGGACACAAUCAACUCUGUGCAGUUUUCAAAUCACACAGCAGGAAUCCAUGACUGCAUAAAAGAUGGCACCGUAGGUUACGCUCACUGGCGUGGCCAAGUCCUCAAGUCCGACGAGCUCAAGGAACUGUACCAGGGCCUCCGGCUCAACGAUAUCACGCGCUAUGACUAUGUUCUCACUGGCUACACAGCUGACAAAUCCUUCCUGGAACAGCUGGUGGGCAUCGUGAAGGAUUUAAAAAAGCAGAACCCCAAAGUAAUUUACGUCUGCGACCCAGUCCUGGGGGACAAGUGGAAUGGCGAGGGAUCUAUGUACGUUCCAGAGGAGCUGCUUCCUGUCUACCGAGACCAAGUGGUUCCUCUCGCCGACAUCAUAACCCCCAACCAGUUUGAGGCCGAGCUCCUAACAGGAAGGACUUUAAACACCGAGAAGGAAGCUCUGGAGGUCAUGGAGGUCCUGCACGCCAUGGGGCCCCACACGGUGCUCAUCACGAGCUCCGACUUCAUUCCCAGCUGCGAAAACGACCUCCUCAUCGUGCUGGGAAGCCGCAUCACCCGCAAACCGGACGGUACCAACAGCAAGGAGAAAAUCCGACUGGAAAUCCCGAAACUCGACGCGGUGUUUGUUGGAACCGGGGACCUUUUUGCAGCCAUGCUCCUUGCGUGGAUCCACCACCACCCUGACAACUUCAAGCUGGCCUGUGAAAAAGCCGUGUCGGCUAUGUCGCACGUUUUGAAAAGGACCCUGUCUUGCGCUCAAGCCCAAGCAGGUGGUGGGAAGCCUCGCGUGGCGGAGCUGGAGAUCAGGAUGGUGCAGAGCAAGCGAGACAUCGAGAAUCCCAAGGUCCUCAUCCAGGCCACCACGCUGUAGUCGUGCCCCGCCCACGCCGGCCGCCUGCCUGCGGUGAGCUGCACCUGUCUUGCUUCAUCGGAGCCCCUGCACACCCAUCAAGUUGUUGGCACGUGCCGCGCCAGUGUACUCGCAUCCCAUCCCGUGACGUGAAAAUCCAGUCCCCCCGUGCCAGUCCCUCUAUGCUCUCUCAAGCACCGCGACCCUCUCCCCCCUACUGACCCCACAAACGAAACCAACAAUUGGUGUAUUUAUUGACAGCUUCUAAUCGAUAUUAGAGACUAUUUUUAAAUGUUCUGGUUCGAGUGGUUCUUUGUUUUUGUGAGGAUUAAGUUUCUAAAGUUGACGUAACGUACGUAUGUCUGUGUGGUCAUGAAGAUUUGGGAUAAAUUGGUGUUCUGUUUGUUGUGGCCGUGCAGUAAUGUAAAGCGUCUUAUGUGUGUGCGUGUGUGCGUGACGCCGUAAAAGCUCUAUCAUUAAUAAGAAAAAAAAUAAAAGUAUACGCUAACUCUA